UUUCAUCCCGAAAACUAAAUAUCGGACCCCGGAUGCGAAAUGCACUAGAAAGUUGAAGAAACUUCGCCUGUCCAAGCGGAAGGUGGGAACCGGAAAGGAAGGGAACAGAGUGCAUCAAAAUCGGAAGCGCGCGAACUCAGUGAACUAAAAUAAUGGCAGAGGGUGUGCCGACCCGGAUCUUGAUGGGAGUGAAUGAGUCGACCAUCAAGGGCUAUCCAAACCCUUCCAUUAGCAGCAGGGGAGCUUUCGAGUGGACUAUCAACAAGAUCAUUCGCUCCAACACUACUGGUUUCAAACUUCUCUUCCUCCACGUUCAAGUUCCUGAUGAAGACGGUUUUGAUGACAUGGAUAGUAUCUAUGCGUCACCUGAUGAUUUUAAAAACAUGAAACAAAGAGAUAGGGUUAGAGGACUUCAUCUGCUGGAAUACUUUGUCAGUAGAUGUCAUCAAAUUGGGGUGGCCUGUGAGGCAUGGAUCAGACACGGAGAUCCUAAAGAAGUAAUCUGUCAUGAGGUGACACGAGUGCGGCCAGAUUUUCUGGUUGUGGGCAGCCGAGGCCUCGGCCCGUUCCAGAGGGUUUUUGUGGGCACUGUUAGUGAAUUUUGUGUGAAGCAUGCUGAAUGCCCUGUCAUUACUAUUAAACGCAGGGUCGACGAAACCCCUCAGGACCCAGUUGAUGACUGAUGUCUUUUCAGGUGUCUGGAAUCUGGAAGUCCUUACUUCCCCUCUUAUUCUGUUUUUAGAUGUCAUUGGAGAUUAUCAUUGUUGAUUGAGCUAAGAGAGAAUGAAUGUCAUUUAAGAUUUGUCUACGUAGAUGUUCAAUAGAGGAUGAUUGGCAGGAUCCGAGCUUUCUUCUUCCUUGCUCAUCUUCCUAUUACUUCGAUGUCUGUAAUUUCCGUUUGUGUCUUUUUAUGUGUACAGAUAUAUCUGAGCAUGUUUCAGCUGCAUAUUUUGUUUUGUAGUUCUGUGA